GCUUCCGGCGGUGAGGGGGGUGCUUCCGGGGCGGGCAGCCCUUGCCGGGGGAGGAGUGUCUGACAGUUGGCGCCGCCAGGAGGGAGGGCGGGCGGCGCGAGUGGGCGCGGGCCCGGUGGGCCAGAAACUCAUCCAGCCCUUACAGCAGUCCUCUAAGGCUCCAGGGAGCAGUGUCAGGGCCAGGGAGACAAUGGUCUCCGUGACUAUGGCCACUUCUGAGUGGAUCCAGUUCUUUAAGGAAGCCGGCAUUCCUCCAGGACCUGCUGUCAAUUAUGCCGUGAUGUUUGUGGAUAAUAGGAUUCAGAAGAGCAUGCUGCUGGAUCUCAAUAAGGAGAUCAUGAAUGAGCUGGGCGUGACCGUGGUGGGCGACAUCAUCGCCAUUCUCAAGCAUGCCAAAGUGGUGCACCGUCAGGACAUGUGCAAAGCUGCCACUGAGUCAGUGCCCUGCAGCCCUAGCCCCCUUGCAGGCGAAAUUCGCCGUGGCACUAGUGCUGCCUCCCGAAUGAUCACCAACAGCCUGAACCAUGACUCUCCACCCAGCACACCCCCCAGGCGCCCGGACACCAGCACCUCCAAGAUCUCGGUCACUGUGUCCAACAAGAUGGCAGCAAAGAGUGCCAAGGCCACUGCAGCCCUGGCCCGCCGGGAGGAGGAGAGCCUGGCUGUUCCUGCCAAGCGGCGCCGGGUCACUGCUGAGAUGGAGGGGAAGUACGUCAUCAACAUGCCCAAAGGCACCACACCCCGCACCCGCAAGAUCCUGGAGCAGCAGCAGGCUGCAAAAGGUCUCCACAGGACGUCUGUGUUUGACCGCCUCGGCGCUGAGACCAAGGCAGACACCACGACAGGGAGUAAACCCACAGGAGUCUUCAGCCGCCUGGGGGCCACCCCAGAAACGGACGAGGAUCUGGCUUGGGACAGCGACAAUGACAGCAGCAGCUCUGUCUUGCAAUAUGCCGGGGUCCUGAAGAAGCUAGGACGGGGCCCAGCCAAGGCCAGUCCCCAGCCAGCACUGACUGUCAAAGCCAAGGCCACAAGCUCAGCGACAACGGCCGCUGCCCCGACACUGCGGCGCCUGGCGCUUUCCUCACGGUCUGGGCUUGAGAGGAAGCCGGAGUCCUUGUCUAAAGUCAGCAUCAUCAAGAGACUGGGCGCAGCUGCCCUUGUGCCCGAGGCCCAGGACAGCCAGGUCACCAGCACCAAGAGUAAGUCCUCAGCCGAGGUCAAGGUCACCAUUAAGAGGACUCUGGUGGGGCCCCGGGGGAGCAGCUCCAGCGAGGGCCUUGGUGCCCAGAUGGACCACGCAGGCACUGUGAGCGUGUUCAAAAGACUGGGCCGCAGGACCUUCUAGCCCACCUGUGGGCGGGGUGCAGGCAGCAGAGCCCGCGGGCAUCUGCCCUGGCCGCCCCAGGCUCCUGGCUUCAUCACGCCUCCCACCAGCUCCUGGAUGACACAGCUUGUCUCCCUCGGGCUCUAGAGCUAGGCCCGAGCAUUUGGGGGAUCACCCCAUUUCUCCUAGCCUGGGAUGGUCGUCGCAGCUGGCCUGGCCCGCUCCAGGACUCCCCUUCUCAUGUCCUCUGUGCUUUCUUCUCUGGCUGUGGCCUUGGCAGAACCCACUUUUCUACCUCUCCCAAGUGCCAGGGGGCCUCUUCCUCUCCUACGUUCCCCUUCUUCCCCUGAGCAGGGUCUGCUGCCUCAGACCCCAGCUCAUCAGCCUCCCUGUCCCCCUCAACUGAGUGGGUGUCACCUGGUGGGCCUCCCUUCCCCUACUCGCCACUGACUUCCCUCACUCCUCUGCACCUCCCCCCACUUCUGUGACUUCUGUCUCUCCCUGUCUUCACUUUGUUCAUUUCUCUUCUGUUUUCUGUCCCCGUGGCAAGGCCCGACUGUCCGCUGCGUCCUGCCCGACCCUCCUGUACCUCCGGCCUCCCAGCGGCCCCCUCGUCGGCGGUGGCGUCGAGCCUGUUGAGACUGUUAGCCGCCCUCCACUCCCAGGCUGGAGGGACCUCUCCAGACCCUGGGCUGCGGCCGAGGCGCAUCCGUUUUCCUGCCCUGGGCGUCUUUGUCUCUGAAAGUCUAUGGCGGGUGGUGGGCAAGGGGCACUGGGAAGGGAGGCCAGUGCCUAGAGUGAAGACAGCUGCUGUUUUAAUAUAUUUUUGUGACUUUCAAA